AUGUUGGAACUCCGUCUUGUCCAAGGUUCACUGCUCAAGAAGGUUCUCGAAUCGAUCAAGGAGCUGGUGAACGAUGCGAACUUCGACUGUUCGUCUACUGGUUUCUCUCUUCAAGCUAUGGAUUCCAGCCAUGUUGCUCUGGUGGCGCUUCUUCUCAGAUCGGAGGGGUUUGAGCAUUAUCGAUGUGAUAGGAACCUCUCCAUGGGGAUGAAUCUCAACAACAUGGCUAAGAUGCUGAAGUGUGCUGGGAAUGAUGAUAUCAUUACCAUCAAGGCUGAUGAUGGCAGUGACACCGUUACCUUCAUGUUUGAAAGCCCUACCCAAGAUAAGAUUUCUGAUUUUGAGAUGAAGCUGAUGGACAUUGAUAGUGAACAUCUUGGUAUCCCUGAGGCUGAAUAUCAUGCCAUUGUUAGGAUGCCAUCUGCUGAGUUUGCUAGGAUUUGCAAAGAUCUAAGUAGCAUUGGUGACACUGUUGUCAUUGCGGUUUCUAAAGAGGGUGUCAAGUUUUCCACCAAAGGAGAUAUUGGAAGUGCAAAUAUAGUUUGCAGGCAGAAUACUACUGUGGACAAGCCUGAAGAAGCUACUGUCAUAGAGAUGAAUGAGCCUGUUGCCUUGCAGUUUGCCUUGAGAUACAUGAACUCUUUUACGAAGGCAACACCUCUGUCCAGUUCAGUUACCAUUAGUCUGUCAAAUGAGCUGCCGGUUGUAGUGGAGUACAAGAUUGCUGAAAUGGGUUAUGUUCGAUUCUAUUUGGCUCCCAAAAUAGAGGAGGACGAAGAGGAAACAAAACCCCAAGUUUAG